GCCCACGAGGCGCUCCCCCUCACUGAAGGCGGCCGUGCCUCACACAGCAUGGCCGACGACAUUAGCUAGCGGGUCCUCUCACCCAGCCACUAACCAAUAGCCACUACAGCAGCUACAGCGGCUACAGCUACAGCAGCAGCGGCUACAGCGGCUACAGCGGCAACAGCGACUUUACAAAGGGGGGCGACCACAGCAGCAGCAGAGGUGGAGGUGGUGGUGGAAGGCCUUCAUUCAACACGAGGAGGUGAUUCAAGUCCCCGUCCCCCUCCCCCCCCCCCCAAACAUUAGUGAGUUCCCGGUGCCACCACCAAAGUUUGUCGAUUCAAGAGUUUAAGAGAGUGGGGAAAACUCUGAAGGCAUUCCCGGGGUUGCCCGGCUUAAUUGUCGACACCAUCAUAGGUUGACGAUCAUCGUCGUCGUCGGCAGCAGUAACAUCGGCUGCAAUCGGCAAGCGAAAAAAACACAAUCGUAGGCAGCUGGAUCAUCAUCAUUGGCAUUGUAAACUGCAGCAGCCAGGAGCAUUAACAUCGGCAACUGAAUAUCACCAAUAUCACCACCGCCACCAUCAAUAUCAACGUAAAAAUUAGUGCGCUAUCAGUAAGGCAUCGCACCAAUAGCACCAAUAGCACCGUCAUCACCAUCAAUACCAUUGGUAGGACAUUGGUAUCACACCACCAUCAUCAUCACCAUCAUCAACACCAUCGGUAGGACAUUACCAGCAAUACCACCAUCACCACCAUCAACAAUACCAUCGGUAGGACAUCACCAACAAUACCACCAUCAUCACCACCAUCAUCAACAACGCCAUCGGUAGGACAUCACCAGCAAUACCAUCAUCAUCACCAUCAUCAUCAUCAACACCAUCGGUAGGACAUCACCAGCAAUACCACCAUCAUCAUCACCACCAUCAACAACGCCAUCGGUAGGACAUCGGUAGGACAUCACCAACAAUACCAUCAUCAUCACCACCAUCAUCAACAACGCCAUCAGGACAUCACCAGCAAUACCACCAUCAUCACAAGCAAUACCGCCGCCAUCACCAUGCAGGAACAUCACGAGGUUAGCCCCGCUCCCCCCGCUCCCACGCCCUCCCAUAACCAUCACGCGGGAGGAGGAGGAGGAGGAGGUGGUGAUGGUGAUGGAGGAGGAGGUGGAGCUGAUGGCAGCCACUUCUUCGAGGGGACAGAGAAGCUCCUGGAGAUCUGGUUCAGCGGAGACUCGGAGAGCGGAGACCUGAGACAGAUCCCCAGGCACCGUCUGGAUGAGCUGAUGAAGACGAUCCGCUGCCUCAUCGUGAGCGAGAGCCACACGGAGCAGCACGACGCAUACAUCCUGAGUGAGAGCAGCCUGUUUGUGUCGUCGCGCCGCGUGAUCCUCAAGACGUGCGGCUCCACGCUGCUGCUGCGAGCGCUGAGCCCGCUGCUCCAGCUCGCCAAGACGCACGCGGCGCUCACGCACAUUGAGGAGAUCUUCUACUCGCGGAAGAACUUCUUGAAGCCGAGCUCCCAGCAGUUCCCGCACCGCAGCUUCCAGGAGGAAGCCGCUUUCCUGGAGCGCAUUCUGCCUGGUACACACAGACACACACACAGACACACACAGACACACACGCAGGCACGCAGACACACACACAGACACACACACAGACACACACACACAGACACACACUGACACACACACACAGAC